GGCAACGGAGCACCACGACAACGGAGUGCUGUGUCUCCCCUUAUGGAGCUUCCAUUGGGUGGGCCGGCGCUGAGGCACUACACCCGCAGCAGACCUAGACCACACCGACAAAACCAACACCUCCGCCCCAGCAGACCACAGGAAUCGGUGGUUGACAAUGAAAAUGCAGUCCCUAAUCACAUGGGGCGAGUUGAUGAGGGAGUUGAAGAGUUCUUUACUAAGAGAGUCCUUCCUGUUGACACCAUGAAAACACAGAAUGAGUCUGAGGAACCUCCCAUUACUGAACAGGAAGUGGAAGUAGCGCCUGCUAGCGCCGCCCCCUGCCCCGCCCCUUCCAGAACCCUACGGAGGAAGCUGGGCGAGUUCUUCACCCUUAAAAAGCGGAGGGCUGUGAAAUCAGAGGGAAGCCAAGAGGGGAAGGCCAAGAAGACCUCCAUCGCCGACCUAAUUCGGCCUCUUAGGGAGGCCAACAGAGCUGAAAAAGAUCAAGUGAAGGAGAAUGAAAAAGUGAAAGAGAAGGAGAGUGUGGAUGACAGCUUUGUGACAGGAGAUCCAGUGGAAGCAGAAACCCCUCCUGAUGGUCCCACUUCACUGAGGGGUGAGGCUCUACCCCGUCGUGCGCUAAGAGAGGGGAAGUCACAGUCUCUCAUUCUGCUCUCUGGAUCCCCAGCCAACGCUGGGAACACCAAGAACACUGCACAAGGGAAGUUUCAGAAACACUCGUCUGACAGCCAUCAUGGCUUUGAGCAGCGCCUCCAGCUCAUGCUACAACGUAUUGGUGUGUCCAAAGCUCAGCCAGGAGAGACACGGAGUCAGGAGGGAGAGAUGAAAAAAGCUGAAUCAGAGGGCACUAUCAUCGAUAAUAAACCUGAGCCCCCACCCACAUUUAUGAAGCCCCGGACCAUGUCCAUCUCAUCAGAUACGAGACGAGCGGUCCGACAGAGUGUGUCCGCACAUGAGUCAGCUGGGAAACCUGCUCUGCCUCCUAAGCCAAUAAUUAAGCGAGGCCCAACCCCACCUCCCACUAUCUACAGUCAUCUCACCCCUGAGAAUGACCUAUCCCAAAUACAGGAAGGAGAAGCAUGUUCCCCCACAGACCCCACCCCUAGUAUCACUGAUACCCCUAUUCCCACAGACACCAUCAUUCCCUCCCCUGUCCCAGAUCUCACUAACUCUUCUAUUCCCAUUGACACCAUCCUUCCCUCCCCUGUCCCAGAUCCCACUAACUCUUAUAUUCUCACUGACACCAUCAUUCCCUCCCCUGUCCCAGAUCUCACUAACUCUUCUAUUCUCAUUGACACCAUCAUUCCCUCCCCUGUCCCAGAUCCCACUAACUCUUCCAUCCCCGUUUCUACUACUGCUACUUCCUCUAAUUCAACCCCCAAUGACAUCAUCCCCUCUACAAUGUCUGCACCUACCCCUAUCAAUACUACAGCGCCCACCCCCAACACCACCAACUUCAUCCCCAGUACUAACCCUGCCACAACCACUACCAAUACCUCCAUCACAACUCCAUCUGGCCCUAUGAAUAUUACAACUUCCACCCCCCCUACUGACAUGAACUUUCACUCUAUCCCCACUAUUACCCCCACCCAAACUCCCCCUGCCUCCACUGACUCCAACACCCCAACCACCUCUGCGUCGUUCAUCUCUAAUCUAGUCACAAUCACCAUUACAAGCAUUACUGCCCCAACACCCGUUAACACUAAUACUGAUACCCAUACAUCAACAACCCCCAUCACUAAUGCUUCUACCCCUUCCCUUACUGAUACUACCGCCUCAACUUCUACUGACUCGACAACUCCAACACUAAAUACUCCCAUCUCCAUAAUUGCUUCUGCUGGCAACAACACUUCUACUCCCACCCCCACUACCUCUCUGUGUCCCACCCCCACUAACUCUCUGUGUCCCACUACCUCUCUGUGUCCCACCCCCACUACCCUAAUUACUAAUUCAGUUACCCCACCUCCAUCUCCUGCUGCUACUAUAACAACCUCGACCCUUAAUUCUAUGAAUGGUGCUUCCACUCCUACCCAUAUCUCCAUAAACUCCACGGACUCCAACACUACCCAAACCGGAACUCACAAUACCAGCGCAACUAACUCUGUCAACUUCACUUCUACCUCAAGCCCCACUAACUCUACUAGUCCUAUCCCUACUUGCUCUACCAGCUCAACUUCCACUAACUGUGCUGCUUACACUGCUACUAUCCCUAGCAGUCCGAUUCCUAUUAUCUCUAAUAAUCACUCCCCCACUGUCACUUCUAUCCCCACUGCCACUCACUCAACUAACUCCCCCAAUGUUUCCUCCCCCAUAUUCUCUUCUACUCACACCACUACUAACACUACUAGUCCCAUCCCAACUAACUCUACUAGCCUGACCACUAGCCCCACCCCCAUUAACUCUAGCCCUGUCACCACUAUUUCUACAGGCUGUUCUAAUAUCACCACUGCCACUAACUCUUCUGUCCUCAUCAGUAGCCCCAACCCCACUAACUCUACUACCAACACCCCCACUAACCCUUCAAAUCCCACCAACACCACUAACUCUACUACACACAUCACUAUCUCAAUCCCCACUAAUUAUGUUACUCAUAGUCCCACUAACUCUUCUACUCAUAGCCCCACUAACUCUUCCAGUCCAACACCCACUAACUCUGCUAGCCCUACACCAACUAACACUAUUCAACCAUUACCUGAGGAGAGAAUUAGCCUUAAUCCUGCAAUGGGACUGCUGUCCAUGACUAAGGCUACAAAUGACCUGAAUGCUGAGAGUGUAGAGAGGAACAAGGAGACAGAAGAGAAACGUAGCAAGGAAGAGGAUGUCAGGAGGGCCACAGAGAAAGAAAAAUAACAAAUCAUUGGCGCACAACAUAUGCAAAACCAUAAAAGAGGAGGAGGGUCUGCAGAAGGUAGAUGAGAUAAUGAGGCAGGGAGUAGAAGGGAACAAAUCAAAUGAAGAAAGAGAGUUGUGUAAAAAGGAUGGGGAUAAAAAGAGGGAAGGAGGGACCAAUAUGUCAGAUGAAAAAGAGUUCAAAACUAAGGAGGUGGUAGAGAGCAAGUCUAACAAGGGACCAACUACUGUGAGAGAGGCAGGGGAGACCACAGUAAAAUAAAUGGGGGGAGAGUCCAUGGGACUGAGUACAGGGACCGCAUCACAGCAGAAAACCUCAGAGGGUGGAACAUCGGACCAAAGAACUGAGACCCCCUCUGUGUGACACAAAUGGACUGACCCAGCAACGUGUCCUUUUUUUUCUCAACCAUGUUUACAUUUGCAUUGCACGUAUUGUAUGAUUAUGUAAUACAUCAACUGUGGUGAAAUAUGUUUACAAUAGAUGGAUAUGAGAUACAGUACUUAUGAUAAUUAAAAGUAAUAUUCAUAAUGUCAUGAUGUCUUUA